AUGCCCCUUUACUCAGCUCUUGGAGAGCCCAUGGACCUGAUGACCGCAAUUCAACUUGUGAUGAAGAAAUCAUUGGCCCAUGAUGGGUUUAUUCGUGGGCUGCCAAGGCCAUUGAAAAGCAUGCUGCACAGUUGUAUUCUGGCCGAGGACUGUAACCAGCCUGACUGUACUAAGUUGGUCAAAGCACUUUGUGCUGAUCACAAUGUGCAUUUAGUAACAGUAUCAAGUGCAAAAAAACCCUCGGCGCAUGGGCAGUGUUGCGGAGAGUGGAAAGCUCUAUGCAAGAUUGACUCCGAGGGAAAGGCAAGAAAAGUUGUAGGUUGUUCAUGUGUGGUUGUCAAGGAUUAUGAUGAAGAAUCAGAGGGUCUAUAUGUAGUUCAGGAAUAUGUGAAAUCACACUGAACAAUGGAAACUGAUUUGUGGUGGGUCAAAUUUGAUG